GACGCUUAAAUUCAAAAAAAUUAACUAGAGGAAUAAAGCAUUUUAAGAGUUUGGUAAACAAAAAGUCGCCACCCACGCUAAAGUGGGUGUUGGGUGGGGUGGCACCCCUUUGGGGCCACAUCGACCACCGUCCGGUGACUCCCAAUCGCCGAUGCUACCUUUAUCUACCAUUAAUUACGAGUGCACGCGUUCGGGGCGGCCGGCCACGUGACGGUACUGCGGAUGGCAUUGGACGUUUAAGUAAAACAAGCAGAGGCUCUUCUACAUCCGGGACACCGGUGGCAGUCGGCCGGAAAGUCACAGAACAGAACGGCAGAGUUGCUACCGAAGCCAGCAGUCGCUCGCACCCAAGCACAGUAGCUGUCUGAUGCAGUACCGCCUAGGCCCUGCACCGGUUGACCGUGGUACUAACUGGCCAAGAAGAGCUCGGCUAAGAUGCCCGAUAAACUACUCGUCUUAACAGAAGAUGAUCGGAGGUUUCUUCCUACACCACCUCUCACUCCAACCAGUCAACACAGCAGCCCUCCACCGGGUGCAGCACUAAAACAAGGAACCAUGUUACCCCAGUCGUCACCACCCGUUCAGCCAUUAGUCCCCGUACCUCUGCUACCUCUACCUGUACUUCGUCCGUAUUCCGAGGCGUCGGCUUUUACCACCUUUCUUCCUUCUACCUCAUCUGGUCUACAAGAAUUUCGUGCCAAGCCGGCAAAAAAGAAAUUCGACUUUGCCCACUUAGCCGAAUCAGCAACAGAACCAGACGUGCAUACGGGAUACGGCGACCAGUCAGCAUAUUCCUCGCCCUGUCCAUUAUAUGUGGGUCCGGUUUAUGCUCCGUCCCUAGCAACCAGUGUACUGUUUGGAAGACCUCCCGAUCAUUCGUCUCUUCUGGAUAGAAGGUACUAUAGAGGAAGGGUGUCCUCUAGACCAAAGAAGGAGUUUAUCUGCAAAUAUUGCCAACGCAGGUUCACUAAAUCCUACAAUUUAUUAAUUCACGAAAGAACCCACACUGACGAACGACCUUACACUUGUGACAUCUGUCACAAAGCCUUCAGGAGGCAAGAUCACCUGAGAGACCACAGGUAUAUUCACUCCAAAGAGAAACCGUUUAAGUGUAGCGAAUGCGGUAAAGGUUUCUGUCAGUCUCGUACUUUAGCUGUCCACAGGAUCCUUCACAUGGAAGACUCCCCACAUAAGUGUCCUACUUGCGGGAGAAGCUUUAACCAAAGGAGCAACCUCAAAACCCACCUCCUGACCCACACGGACAUCAAACCUUAUAAUUGCCAUUCGUGUGGCAAAGUGUUCCGUAGGAACUGCGAUCUGAGGCGUCAUACCCUGACACACAGUCUCCGACAUUUAGAAAAUGUAGUUUCUUCCAGUACUAAUCCAGCUGUUUCGUAAUAACACCAGAACUUCGACUGCUCUUGUAUAUAGAAUGUAUGGAAUGUACAGAUUCUGAUGAUGGCUGGUGUUUAUUAUUAUUAUUAUUGUUGUUGUUCAUUAUGCUUAAAGAGGUGUAGCUUUCUUGGCAUAUUUUACUUUCUAUAAUGAUUAGAACAAUUGUAGUAUGAGAGUAAUAAAAAUCUAUAGAUGUAAAAAACAACGUAGUUUGGCUCAUUAAAUAGAGUAAUAAGUGUUUAAUCCUGGACGGAAAUACGGAUUUUAACCAGGAUUAAGGAUGCUGCUACAGGAUGCUGCAGGCCCAGACUGUGGGUAAAGAGAUUGAACACCUGGCAGGGUCACGAGACCUCACGCGUAGCCAUCUGGCGGCGUGACUUGAAGUAAUGGAGAUAGAUGUACAGAUAGAAACUUAUUCUCAUCGUGGGUUGGUCGAUUAAUAGUUCACGUUUAAUUCUUAUAUGAUAUUGAAUAGAUGGCCGAAGCGCGCUAGAAGGACAACCGAGUUUUGGAGGGGAGCGCCAAACUACUGAAGAUAAUAUGUAGACGUUAUCGUUACUGUAGCAAAACGUUUGUUUUAU